AUGGUACAGGAACAGCUUUACCUGCUCGAUGAGUUUUUGGAUUCGUGUAUGGCUGAAGAAUCUUUCAAGGAACAUGCGUUUACAAAAUACUACUCCAGCUUGGCCAAGACAGCGUCUUAUUGGCGGGAACGGGUUCAUGAGGUUAUCUGUGCUUGGGAAAACAUCCAUCAACACCGUGCUCCUGAUGGAGUCAACCCUCGAAAGUAUCCUCUCAAAGUGAUUAGCGGUCGCUGGGGGAGCGUCAGCAACGCGGAGCUGUUUAUGUUGGAGCGGUCGCGCACAUUUUUAGCUCCAGUGCUGCUUGGCGUCUUGAGCUCAGCAGUGCGUGCUAGACCAAAACAAGAUGAUGAGGCUGAUGAACCUGAGCAUACUGCCGGUGUUGGCAGGGGCAGGGCUCGUGGAAGAGGCAUGGGCAAGAGGGGUCGAAGUGAUGGCAAAGCCAAAGCCAAGAAGCCAAGCAAAACAGAUACCUUGGUUGAUGAUGCUGAAGGCAGAGAAGCUUAUCAAGUUAAGAUGAGCAAGUGGGCUUCUGGCUGCUACCAAGCCAUCCGCUGCAGUCUUUUUUGGCUAUGCCUGAGGGUGAUGCAGACUGUUCGGUCUCCAUUGACGCAUUUUUUCCAUUGGUGUGAGAAAAAUUCCGAAAACCGAUUGCUUUUCCAGUUGGUCACAGGAAAAGCUGACGCUUUCCAUGCUGAGUUUGAAGAGCUCCUCAAGCAAAGUGGAAAAUGGUUUCCGCAAGCGGUUGAGGAAGCGCAAGCUGUUGACAUUCCAAACGAGCUUCUGGAACAGGUUCAGAGUUUAUGCCAUCGUCUUUUGGUCAGCAGUGCAGGCAUUGCCUCAGAAAUCUUGGCGGCCAAUGAUGGGGAGUUGGAGUUCAACACCAGACGGCUGAAGGUUCUUUGCCAGAAAGAAUUGGAAUUUGUAGCAGAGCACGGCCAUUUCAACCUUCGCUUUACAACGCGUGGCUCUGUCUUGUUUACCGUUGUUAGUGCCAUGUGUACUGCUUUGCAGGCGGACACAGAGUUGAUAGAGUCAAUCAAUUCCUCCAUCAAGCUGAUAUGCAGACGUUGUCCCAAGAUUGAACUCCCAACCCUGUCAAGUCGAGUGACAGUGAAGAAAGCAGUUGCUGGAACACAUCUAGCAGCCGAUGGAUCUCGUCAAAUUGGUUCCAAAAAGUGGAGCAUGCUGAAGGCAAAAGCUUUGCCUCUACUGGAGGAGUUGAUUGGUAUUGGUGAUGCUUACAAAGAGGUCUACAACCAAGGAAGUCGAUUUCGUGGGUUGGUUCCUGCAAUUUCUUGGUCUGAGGUGUCUCCUUUGCUUGGCAACCAUGACAUCAGCCUGGCAAUGCCGGAUUUGAAACCCAAAGCCUGUUUGAUUUGGGUGGCUGCGUCAGCAGCUAGGUUGAGAGCAGCCAUCAACAACAGCGUGGACAAGCAUCCUGCUUGCCAUGUGGUCUUGGCCGUGCAAAACACAAACAGUUGUAGUGACAACAUUGCUGAAGCGGAUUCUGCCCCUAUCGUUGCCGCUCAGUCUUUGACACAUUACUUGGUGGUAACAUCUUUGAGGUCGCAGUUGGUCCUUGCAAGGGUUCAGUCUGAAGAUGGACAGCUGCUGUUGGAUUCGAGCAAGAUUUGUUUCACAACCAUUGCAGAUGUUUUUCAAGAGCGCUACGAACGUUGCCAACAUGAGAAAAUGGUUUUCAAGCUCUUUGUUGGGCAGUACUUGUGCACAAACACGCCAGGUGCGCGCUACUUGCAGUUGAAAAUCAUGGACGUUGGUGGGCGCGUCUUGGGGUCUUCAUGUGACACAAGCGAGUUUGUGGAAAGCCUGCGGCACAUUAAACCUGUCCAGCGCGCUCACACUACACCAUCUUUGCCGAGCGCAAGCAAUGAAACUCAAACAGCUGCGCUUGAUGAUGAGUCUGAAGUUGGCAUUAUGGAUCUCAUGGAUUUUGAAGCUGGAUACGGUUUGGAGGAAGAAGCCCGCAGAUCUGCAGAGGAAUCAGUGCGCCUGGAGAAAGAGCUCUUGGACGAGGACAUCACGCAAAGGAACACAGCACUUUUGCGGAAAUCACGCAUUGCUGAAGCUGCUGCAAAAUCACAGAAAUCUUCAGUGGUUGAAACCCAGAACGCUGUCAGCCAACUCCCAACUGGUCAAGUCGGUUUGACCCCUGAUGAGCUAGAAGAAGAAGCUUUGCUUAACAUUGUCAGGGAAGUGAACAAGCGGCCUUCUAGCCAACCGGCGCUGGGACAAAGCAUGAGCAAGACCGCCCAAGAUGCUGUCGAUGCGGACCUCUUUGGCUUUAGCAGCAGCGGCAGCAGUGACAGUGAAGGUGCAGAACAAUUGCCGGUCCGAGCGAAACCGCAAGUUAAGCUUGACAAAUUGGACAAAGCUUGGGCUGUUUGGCAAGAGAAAGCCGUGGAUACGCUGAUGUCUAUUGUCAAGUGUCACCAACGCUCUGAAAGUGCAAUUGGGGACAACGGUGAGAUUGCGCUGGUGGCAAGAUGCCCGCUGCCUUCACAGUCUCCAGCUGCGCUCCUUCGCAAUCGUGGUGCUGAGGAUGAUCAGUCGGAAACAGGCUCUUUUGAGGUGUUGUUUGUUCAUUGGACAAACCCAACAGAGCAUGAAGGGCGGACAGUCAGAAUUAACAACCGGAGUCAGGUGGUUUUCUCACCAGCUGUGCUCUUUGGAAAGCCUGUGCAAUCAACGUUUUUUGUUCCACCUCAGUACGCCAUCCUGGUCAGUUGCGUGGGGGCACGCAACUUUCGGUCUACGGGGCGCUCUCGGGACACUUUGCCUGAGGACGUUGUGAGGUUUGUGGCUGUUGCACGCUUGGCGGCUAUGUAUGCCAACAAGGACCUGUCAGGAACAGUUGAAAGUUGA